AUGUCUGAAGGAUUUGAUGUCCUCAGAACUGUAGAUGUUCUAUUCAAGAUAUUCAAGAUACUUGGCAUUGAUGCUGGCGAACAUCUAAUACUGUACGCUCGAGAAAAAUUUGGUGGAAUGCUCCACGCUUCAAAAUUUGCCUGGCUGUUCAAGUCCUACGGUCAUGAAAAGAUAUCGCUUGUUGACGGUGGAUUUGAUGAAUGGGUGAAAAGAGGACACGAAAUCAGUAAAGACGACGUUAAAUUGCAGCGUGGAACGUGGAAGGCCAGUGAUAACAUGGCCAAGUACAACAUCAAGUUCGAACAGCUGGAGGAACAACAUGGUGACAAAAAGUACAUCGAGUGGACGGAUGAUAUAAAUCUGCUCGAUGCAAGAGUACGAGGGCAGUUUGAGGGUACUAUUCCUACUGACUGCCCACCAAAUGUUGUCGGAACACACAUUCCUGGUUCUAAGUGCUUGCCAGCAGAAGAGCUGGUUGAGGAAGGCGUCAUGCUAGACAAUGAGGAAAUUCGCAACCGUGAGUAA